GUCUUGAAUCCAGACGCUUUGAGAAAAAGGCCUGGAUUCAAGGCAGUGAACGAUAGUCACCUCUCCUCCCUUCCUCCCUCUAGCCGGCCAUCCAUGUUACCAUUAAUUAACUGGCUAUUUGAAAUCUGGAAAUCUGGAAAUCUUUCUUUGUAAAAUCACGUGAUUUUACACCAUAAUUAUAAAACACAAGAAAAUUUAUAAGAAGGAAGUAACAGAUACUCAACAAAACAGAUACUCAACAAAGUCAUGACAGGUCAUGACAAAAGUAAAAUGAAGCUUGAAACAAAAAGGCAUUAUUUGGUUGGUCCAUAUGAGGCCCUGAAGAAAGGAAUAUUUAUCACUGCGUCGUGUCUCAUCAUCUUCAUCGCUCUGAGGAACUCUUUGAUAUGGCAUGUGGAGCAGUGUUGGGGUGCUUCUAAGAACUUUUGGUCGAGUAUUUGGGCUGUUUUCUACUGGCUCUCUGGAGAAAGUUUCUUUAAUAUGUACACCUAUGGAGUGUGGUUGUUGGGAAUUUUUACGUUUACAAUUGGCAACAUAUUUUUCUUGGUUCUGGAUCUCACUGGCAAACCCUCAGUCUUUCUCAGAUAUAAGAUUCAAGAGGACAAAGGAGUGCCUGUGUCUUGGAUGAAAUACAAGAAGGCUCUCUGGCGAUGUGCGUUCAACAUUGUUGUAGUUGGGCUCCUCUUUCAGUUGGUCAUGUACCCCCUUGCUGUAUUGGGGAGAAUGCAUGCUGGCUACGAACUACCAACGUUUGCAACCACCGUGCUGCACUUCACUGGCUAUAUGGUGAUUGAGGAAAUUGGAUUCUAUUACACACACAGGCUUUUCCACCACCCUUGGCUGUACAAGUACAUCCACAAGACCCACCACGAAUGGACUGCCCCUACUGGCAUUACAUCACUAUAUUCUCACCCACUGGAGCACUUUAUAGGCAACUUGGGACCAGUAGGACUUGGACCAAUCAUCAUGGGCUCUCACAUCUCAAUUGCGAGCCUGUGGUUCACACUUGCACUGUUAAACACCGCAAUCACACACAGUGGCUAUCAUCUCCCAUUUCUACAGUCCCCCGAAGCUCAUGACUUCCAUCACCUCAAGUUUAACCAAAACUAUGGUGUGUUUGGUGUUUUGGAUCGUUUGCAUGGAACAGACGAGCAGUUCCGUCAAAGCAAGAACUAUGAACGCCAUGUCGUUCUCCUGGGGCUCAAUCCAGCAAAGCAGCUGUUUCCUACCACUCAAAAAGGAAAGGCUGACUGAACAUUUAACGUUAUAGUGUCUCCCUAAUAGUGUAUGUUUCCUAAUAGUGUAUGUUCCCUAAUAGUGUAUGUUCCCUAAUAGUGUAUGUUAAUUGUUCUGUCAUCCAUGUACAUGGUUGGUUGUGUAAGUGUCAAUUAAUCACCAUUUUUGUUGAUCCACACAA